AUGACAAGACACCAAAGCAAAGAAUCGUUGGUGGCAGAGUUAUACUAUGCAGCAAAUUCCUUCCCGAGUGCACAUAAAUUUGAAGUAUUAGUAUUAGAUGAGAGACAUCUUUAUUCUAGUGAAUGUCUUGUUAGUCGUCCAUUAUCAAAUCAUCCUUCCUAUAAUUUAAAAAAUUAUGAUAGAUAUUCUAAUGAUGAAAUUAGAUAUUAUAGUCCUAUUCAGAUAUUUUUAUUUGAUCAAUGUGCAAAAGGAAGUGUUUUAGAGAUUAGUCAAAUUGAUUUUGUUGAUAUUAACAGUAAGAAUCAGAUUCGAGCUUGGCAGUCAACUAAUAUUCGAAGUGAUUGUUUAGGAUUAGAGAGGAUUAAUAGAAUGUUGAAUAAUGUAACCACCCAUUGGAUAACUAUGGAUAUAAAAACACUUUCAAAUCAGAAAUAUGAUCAACUUGAGAUUACAAAGAGUGAAAUGUUGGUAGAUUUACCAAUUGAAAUCAAAUAUGAAAUAAUCACAUUCAUUCCAACUUAUUCAAAACCAGAAAGAAUCAAAAUGAUGGAAAGAAAUGUGAAAAUAACUUGUGAGCAAAUGGGCAUUAGCCAAGAUGAAUUUUAUGAAAAACAUUGUGAUGAUGAUUGUAAUACUAGACUAUGGGAAAAGAAAUUAAAUCCAGCCUGUAUGAAAAGAGUGGAUAAUGAAUUUAUGACUUGUGUCAAGAUGAGAUUGAUUAAUAGAGAAUAUGCUUUAAUGAUGAAAAAACGAAUUUUACAAUUGGAUACUCUAUAUAUUUAUGAUGAUGAUUUUGGAGAAAGAAAAUAUGUUAGAGCUAGUUUAGAAUUAUCAAAAAGAGAAUUUAUGAAAAAUCCCUUAACUGAUUCAUUGUACAUUAUGCAUCCUAAAAUUAAUAGAAAAGAUCUUUGCCUUACUAAUUAUAACAAACUUAGAUACAUUCGAUGUGCUCCAAUUUUGAAUGAAAUAAGCGAGGUAUAUUCUCUCAACCAUUUCUCAGCUUUUGGAUUGAAAGAAGUACGAAUUCCAUUGAUGAAUAGAAUUGAUUUUUGUGACAAUAGAAAAGAAUUGAAAAUUUAUAGACCAACAGUAAUGAUACAAGAUUUAGUAGACUUAAGAGGAUUAUUCGAACAAAAAUUGGAUAUCUACUGUUUAUUUGUUGAUGCAAGAAUUACUCUUAGAUUUGUUGAGUAUUUCAACAAUUCAGAGAGCUACCAAAUUACUCUUCACAAAAGAGAUUUUUGUAAGAGAAUUAGCUAUGAGGAAGAGGGCAAACCCGUUAUUGAAGUGAAUUUGUUUGAAUUGACUGAAUAUCAUCCACUAAUGUUCUCACAAAUGACCAGUGAACAUUCGUUUUACCGUUUAGAUCUUUCAAAUAUGAAAAAAAUGUUGGACUCUAUUUUCAAACAUGGACAUUCCUUAUUUGAAUGUUAUAUACCUGAAUUGCAUUAUUUUUAUACUGCUUUUGAAGCUCCAACAUUCUUACAACCUUACACUAAUUAUCUUCGAAGUACUUUUCAAAAAUAUACUCUUGAUUUUAAACCAUGUUUGGAUUUUAAUUUCGACCCAAUUACUAAAAUGGAAAAAUAUAGAGCUAUUGAUGUACUUAGAAACUCUCUCUCCUUCAACAAAAACAAUGCUGAAGAUUAUUGUAUCAUAAUAUUGGAUAAGGCUUGGAUAAUUUUUAAGGAUAACAAUAACUUGAGAAGUUAUUUCUUUAGACCCUAUUUGUCCUUUUUGAAUACUUAUCAACUUUUUUCUCAUAUCACAGGGGAUGAUUUUGGAAUAGAUUGCAUGGAAGAAGAAGAGCUUGCCUAUCAAGAUGAACAUGGUUCAACACUUCUUCAUCAGUUUGCAAGUGAUAAAUUUGAUUUGGAUUAUGAGGUUGUAGAAGAAAUAUUGGAAUGCUAUCCAAAUUUAUUGAGUAUUUGCAAUAAUGAAGGACAAAUGCCGAGUGAAGUAUCAGGAGCAGGACAAAAAUUUAUUUCACAUAUUAUGGAGAGGAACGAAAUUGUUGUAAACGAAAAGUGGUAUAGAAUCAACCCCUACGAAAAACCAAAUAAGAAACAAAAACGAAUUGACUAUUUUCUAAAUGUAAAGUAA